GAUAGGCUGAUGUCGCAGUGUGAACUGUUGCUUGCGAGGUUUCAACUAGUUGAGAGCGAAAAGCACCUUUCUGAUGACGUCAAAGAAAUGGUUCUCACACUCAUAUGGGCGGCACCAAGGCUUGGAGAGGAUGUCAAGGAAUUGAUAAAAGUCAAGGAACAAUUCAUUUCAAGAUACGGACGCAAAGCAAUCGAAGAGGCCAUGAAGGUGGAUGAUCCUCAGAAUGAAGGGCGAAACAUUCGAAUCGUACAUCUUUUGAGUUACAAACGUCCCACAGAGCAAGAAGUCAGCAAUGUUCUCUCUUCCGUGGCGAAGCAGUACAACAUCAACUGGACCGACGAAUCGCUGCCGCUCCAGGUUCAAGGGUACGUGCCGUCAGUGCCCUCUGCCGAUGAGGUCAGCGGUGGGGCAUCCGGGGAGGAGGGGAACGUGAAAGCUGCGGUGGAUGGAUGGAAUCAGUCCAGGCCUCCACCCAAUACUCAAACCGCCGGAGGCGUUUGUACACAUUGCGGUCACGGGAUGGCCAAAGAGGCAGAGCCGGGCCUUCCUCCUCCUCCUCCUCCUCCCUACGACCAGCCCUGCCAGCACCAUUGCGAUCCGGAUCCGAAGCAGCAUGUGAAGGGACAGAUCGUGCCCCCGACCUUCUCUCCGUCCGCUCCUGAUCUGGACGAGACAGAAGGUGGGUCAACUACAGAAGACCCUCCGCCCUUGGACGAACUGGAACGACGACUGGCAGCUUUGCGAGGAGGCAAGUGAAACGAAAUCCCUUGAUGGCGCGAUAGCGGCUUCUAAUACAAUCAUGGACGAUGUUGCAAGUGAAGACGUGAGGGAGAGACGAGAAAAGAGCGAGGGUGUUCACAUGGGAUACUUGAUCUCCUCCUUUCUCAAUCCGGGUCUGCUCCUCUUGUCAUAAUGAGGCUACCUCAGCGUCCCACGUGUACUUUUCCCCUGUUGAAAUAGCGACAGAGUAAUGAACAUUCAAGAAAGUCUC